GAAGGAUAAACAAGUUAUUGGAAGUUUGCAAUCGUAACUUCUCAUCAAAUAAGAAGCUGGUAAAUUGCUUAAUAUCAUUUCUGGCUUAAUUAUCAUUUGGCAUCUGUCGCAUACAAAAACGUCCAAGACACAUAAGUAAUGAAACUGGAAGGCGGUCACGCAAAUUUACCAUGUGGGUGAAGAUUUCCCGGACUUUUUCCUGGAGAGCAAGUUUUUCAGGAUGACAGAGAACUUGUCAUUUUUGCACCCCUACUGGCACCGUUUUGGACAGGUUUCUCCUACCUACCAUGUUACCAUCGGAAUUAUCAUGGUGUUCACUACAGUUGGAGCAAUAGCUGGCAAUGGUCUUGUUAUCUGGUGUUUUAUCAGUUUUCGCAGUCUUCGAACCUCGUCCAACGUGUUUAUAAUUAAUUUGUCGAUAGCCAAUUUACUGAUGUCGCUGAUCGACUUCCCUCUCCUCAUCAUUGCCAGCUUUUACCACGACUGGCCAUUUGGACAAACAGUAUGUGAGGCGUAUGCAACAUUGACUGGUUUAUCGGGCCUGGUCACCAUCAACUCACUGACCGUCAUCGCUGUAGACCGCUACUGCGCCAUUGUGAUACGAGUGAAAUCUGUUAGCCCUGCGCCAAAGUGGAAAACCUACAAAGCGACUAUCGUGAUAUGGACGUAUGCUUUGUUUUGGUCGCUUAGUCCAGUACUAGGUUGGAGUAAGUAUCAACUGGAGGGUGUUCGAACCACGUGCUCGUUUGAUUAUCUCACGAGAGACGCAACCACGAUCAGUUUCAUUGUUGCCAUAGCCACCUGUGAAUUUGCCAUACCAGUAAUCGUAAUCAUACUAGCCUACUGCAAGAUCGUGACAGCUAUGAUAGUUCGGCGUCGGAAUUUAUCUAUAUGCAAGAAAAGUGAGAACUCGUCAUUGAACUUCAGGCUGCAGCGUUACCGAGUGAGAGCAGAGAUUCGAACAGCAUUUAUCAUUAUUGGUCUAGUGUGUCUUUUUGUCGUCUCUUGGUUACCGUACACGGUGACGGCCAUGAUGGGUCUGUUUGGGGACAGGACGCUGAUAACCCCCUACCUGUCAUCUGUAGCAGGCCUGAUAGCUAAAACAUCGACAGUGUUUAACCCAAUCGUUUACGCCAUCAUACACCCGAAAUUUAAAUCGAAAAUCAAAUGCAUGCUGUACAGGCGAAAUUCGUUAAAUUCUGGGGCACUGUCAAAAAUGAACAGCCGGAUGUCUUCAAAUAAAUUUUCGUCAUCCGGAUUUGAUAAGCAACAAAUAGAGUUUGAUAUAAAAAGUAAUCGAAAUAAUGAUUUAUCAUAAUUUUUUGUCAUUUUUGUAUUUUGAUUUAAACCAGACAACGAAAUGCAUCAAUAUGAUCAGUUAAGAUGGUCGGCUGAUGACGUCAUUGCUUUUUUGUUGAUUACUAUAUAAAGUGUUGAAUUCGGUAUAUUUUAUUAUUCUUGUUGAUGAAUGAAUUCCGGUAAUAAAUGAAACCCAUAAAAUUUUUCUUGUCCUUUGAUAUGUUUCCUUGAGAAAUCAGAUUAAUAAAAUGUUUUGAUUACAUU